CGCUUCCGGCAAAGACGGGCGGGACUUCCGGUCGGAGCCCAGCGCGAUCAUGGCGCGUAAGAAGGUCCGGCCGCGGCUGCUGGCCGAGCUAGCCCGCCGUGUGCGCGCCCUGCGGGAGCAGCGGGAGCGACCGCGGGACUCGCAGCGCUAUGCCUUGGACCCCGACACCAUGGCGCGCCCGCUGACCGGCCGGCUGCUGCCCUUGCGCGCCCGCUCAGACGUGCUCCGUGAGAGCCGCCUCCUGGAGCUGCUCUCCCGCCUGCCGCACUUCGGCCUGGGCCGCCUGGUCACGCGCAAGUCGUGGCUGUGGCAGCACGACGAGCCGUGCUACUGGCGCCUCACGCGGGUGCGGCCCGACUACACGGCGCAGAACCUGGACCACGGCCAGGCCUGGGGCGUCCUGACCUUCAAGGGGCGGACGGAGCGCGAGCCCCGCGAGAUCGCGCAGGCCAUGUACCACGACUGGCGGCUGGUGCCCCGGCACGAGGAGGCGGCCUUCACCGCGUUCUCGCCGCCGCCCGACGACGCCGUGCGCGCCGUGCCCUACCCGCCGCUGCUGCGCGCCAUGAUCCUCGCCGAGCGGCGCAAGAGCGGCGACAGCAGCCCCGAGGAGCCCCUGCUCCGCCUGGACGGGAGGCGCGCCGAGCCCUGGGACUACCCGGAGAGGAAGGAGGGGGCGCGCAGGCCCCGGGGCACCCCCGUGUGAGCCGGCCUCGGCCCCCCGUUUCUGCCCGCAGCCGGGCCUCACCCCGAAGGAAUAAAGCUCGUGGACUCGC